ACCAACUGAGCCACCCAGGUGCCCCAGCCCUGGUUUCUUAUAGUAGGAAACCAAGAUGUGGGUGCUAAGUGUUGUUCUUUCUCUCUGCUUCUGAGACAGUUUGACUUGAUAUUUUCAGUCCUGAUCCUAUAAUGACUUAUGCCUUCUUUGUGGGGGGGGGGUAUCUUUUUUUUCUUUUAAUUUAGUUUGAUGAAGAAUUCUUAGAAACAAAAGAACAGUUACAGAAGUUGCAGGAUGGGAAUCACCUGCUGUUCCAACAAGUGCCAAUGGUUGAAAUUGACGGAAUGAAGUUGGUGCAGACCCGAAGCAUCCUCCACUACAUAGCGGAUAAGCACCACCUCUUUGGCAAGGACCUCAAGGAGAGAACCCUGAUUGACAUGUACGUGGAGGGGACGCUAGAUCUGCUGGAACUGAUUAUCAUGCAUCCUUUUCUAAAACCAGAUGAUCAACAAAAGGAAGUGGUUAACAUGGCCCAGAAGGCUAUAAUUAGAUACUUUCCUGUGUUUGAAAAGGUUUUAAGGGAUCAUGGGCAAAGGUUUCUCGUUGGUAACCAGCUGAGCCUUGCGGACGUGAUUCUACUCCAAACCAUUUUGGCUCUAGAAGAGAAAAUCCCCAAUAUCCUGUCUGCAUUUCCUCAUCUCCAGGAGUUCACAGUGAAAAUAAGUAAUAUCCCAACAAUUAAGAAAUUCCUGGAACCUGGCAGCAAGAAGAAGCCUCCUCCGGAUGACAUCUACGUGAGAACCGUCUACAACAUCUUUAUGCCAUAAAGCAUCACAUCCAUCUGUGAGUGAGAGUUAGCCUCUAGAGCUUGCUGUGUCCACAGUCCAUCUUAACUGAUGCCCUGAUCCCAGCUCUGUCAUGGUGCUAUGUAGAACUGUUCCUUAGGUGGGUCUUUCAUGCCAAGAUCUUUUCUAGAAACAUUCACUGACCUUUUGGUUUGUCCAGUGAAUAAUUGUUAACGCAACUUUUUCCUGAAAGCCCUUUCAGAGAGACUGGCAUUUCAGUUAGAUCUGAUGUGGUGACUCAUUUCCUGACAACCAGGCUGGGCAGGACCUUGUGUUCUCCCUUGAGCUUCUUCCCCCCCCCUCCUUAUCCCUUUCUAAAAGCCCUCUGGUCUCUUCCUAAUUUUUGGUGUUUAAUAACAACAGAAUAUCUAGUGAAUAAUUCCUCUCAGCUAUAAUAAAUCUGUGGUGGUAAUGAAAGCAGUCAAUAUUAGCCAAAAUAAAGAAUUUACAAAUCAUU